UGAGGUCGCCAAGGGCCCAGACAGCAGCCUGUGCAAAGGUGAGGCUCCGUGUUGGGAGGAGGACAGCAGAUCUCCUGUUGCUGAGAUGCUUUCACCACGGAAGGCGACCCCCAGACCUGAGCCCCAAAGCUCCCAGGAGCCUGGGGAGCCGAUGACACCAGCAUGGGGCCCUCGGCCAUCAAACACUACAGCGGAAACCAAGGACCAGCGCAGGACCACCAUGCUGGGCACACUCCGGCGGGCCUGGUCCUGGGCAAGCCCGCGGGGCCCCACCCAAGCUUCUAAGGAAGACCCUGGCCGGCGCCACCAAACCUCUCGGCGAUUCCUGCCCCCGUCCUUGCGGCGAGCAGUGGACAAGAGCCCAAUAGUGGGUCAGUGCCAGGUCGCAGCUGUGCCAGAGGAGCCCCCUGUGGUCACGGGUGGUGAUGUCAGCCAGCAGGCAGCAUCACAGAUGGGGCCUGAGGAACUGCAGCCCAAGGCAGGUGAGGGCAAAUCCGUGGCCGAUCUCAUCACUGAGCGGCAACUGCUGGCGGCGUUCGAACAGCUGCGAAUCCUGGAGACGAGGCUGGUGGCGGAGAAGACCUCCAACCCCGGUGAGGACCCCACGGGCUACGCGCGGCGCGCCAUGGACCUGUGCCUGCACUACGACGCGCUGGCAGCUGAGCUGGGCGCCAUCGUGCUCGAGACUCUGGGCCCCGAGGGCGUGCCCGCGGCCACGCUGACCGAGCUGGCCCGCGUGGUGCGCGCGGAGGAGGAGGCCCACCCGGAACCGCCAGCCGACCGCGACUUUCUGCGUGUCCCGCGCCACUGGCGCAGGCGCUGGGAGGACGCGGUGCGGCGGAGCGCGCAGGGACGUGUUCGGGGGGCAGGCGCGAGCACCACCCCUGGGGCCUCAGGGGGCGAGCCCGGCCUGGCCCAGCUUCUGGCAGAACUCGGUGGCGUGGUUCGCGGUGACCUGCAGAAGGUGUGCCAGGAGGUGCAGCCCGCGUACGAGGCCGGCGGCCUCCCUGCGUGGGAGACCUACCUGCGCGCCUUCCACAGUGCGGUGGCCCAGCGCCUGCAGGAGCUUGCGCCCGCUGCCCGCAGCUGUGAGCAGCUCUACCUCCUGCUGGACUGGGUCGCCAACAUCUACGGCAGUCCCGACUUCCUGGACGCCUGGGACCUGAGGCUACCUGAGGAGCCGCUGCCUCCGCUCCUAUCACCGGACGUGUGGGCACAGCUGGAGAGCGAUUACACGCGCUUCCUGGAGAGCAAGAUCGAGGGCUGCUUCGACCGCAUCUUGCAACUGGAACAGAGCCGCUGGGCGGCGGCCGAGGCCCCCGAAGUGCUGCGGGGUCACUACCAGGCUCCGCUGUCCACGGACAUCCACAUGCUGGUGGCGGAGCACGCAAGGGCAGCCAGAGCCAUCUCCGCGGAGCUCGAGGCCACCACCCUGAGGAUCUGCGCACGCACGCUCCGCCUCUUCGUGCCCAGGUUUGAGAACGCCUUGCUGGAGUCGGUGGCGGCGUCGAGCGCGCCCCACUUGGGCGCCUCCAUCAAUGCCUGCGAAGACCUCAGGACCAGUCUUCUGGCCAGGUUCCCAGGAACCCUGGAGGAGUUGGAAAAGCCCCUGGUGGCCGCUGUCCAAAACUUCCAGAAGCACUUGCUCCAGGGCUUUCAGUGUGAUGUGCAACCACUCUUCAGGUUUGUGUGUAUCAAGAACUGGCUGACACAGGACACGCUGUGUCCCCUCAUGGACAAGGUGAAGGCCUUUGCACACCACCUCACACUUGUGGCCUUGCCGGUGGCACAGGAGACACUGCAGGAGGUGCAUAGGUUCGUGGUCCGGGAGUACCUGGUGCAGGUGCUGAGACCAAACGUGCGCUUCCAGGGUGAGGAGCGUGUGCGUGGCUCUCAGCGGAUGAGCGAGGACGCACAGACCAUCAGCGAGACCUUCCAGGACUUGGGUUCUGAAGCCACAUGGCUGAACCAGGCCAUCCCAUGCGUGGCUGAGAUCCUAGGUGAGACGUACAAAGAUGACAUCCAGCGCCACCUGGAGACACUCAUCCGGAGCUUCCCGGACAUCAGGCGCAAGCAUGUGCUGGCCAUCCUGGCGCUGCGAAGACUGGGCCGCCGUCGGAACCAGCACCUGCUACAGCACGCACAGGACCUGCUGGGGGCUGGGACUAGGGCCCGAGGCGUGGGGUCUACCCACAAGCGUGUGCUCUUUGAGGAGAUACUGGUGCCCGUCUCUGUGGAUGUGCUGACCACCUGCAUCUAGUGCUCCCCAAACACAGAAGGCACCCCAGCAUCCUUCCGUAGGCCUACACCCUGAGCUAGGAGCCCUGGAAGUCAGCGGGGGCCUGCACCCAACCGUGCAGUGCAGAGUCGCCCGUGGAAUAUUUAUACUGGGCCACGCUUGGCUGCUCAGCUGGGAGAAGGAGGAUGGAGGCAUCUGAGGCAUUUGUGGGGACACUUGGAGUGGCUGCCCCUCCACCUGCCUGCUGGGAGGGCCUGUCACUUCACAGCCCCACUGCC